AUGUCCUCCCGACACCCAACCCGCCCACGGCGCAUCGACGACGCCCUCUCCCAACUGAUCGAUUCCCUAACACCCCCUCUCACCCUUUCUGACCUCUCCCCCGAAGCAUCCUUCUCCCAAGACCCGGAAGACCUCCUCGCCGCCGCCGAAGAACGGCGCCACCACGAAAACCUCCAACGAGCAUGGCACGUCGUCGACGCGCAUGCAACAACACCCACCAACAACGACCCGAACUCGCCCAUCGGUCCUGCGGGGUAUGGAAUCCACCGCCGAGGCAGUCUUGCGGGGGAGAACAUCAACAACGCGUCUGAUUUGAUUAAGCGGAAGUUAUUGCGGGAGAAUGCAAGUCCGGAUAAGGCGGUCAGGUUUUCGAAUUUGUAUUCGAGACUGCUCACGCAGCCUGUGUUGUCGCAGAAAUGGGCGAUUCUGUUUCUUCUGUAUCAGUUGUCUGGGGACGAGGAGCCUGUGGAUGAGGAAAUGUUGGGGAUGGAGGAGGAAGGGAAUCGGAGUCCUCUGAUGGAGGAGGGGAAUUUGCAGAGUAUGUUGCAGAGGGGGAGACAUUAUUCUGAUGAGGAGGGCCCGGCGGUCAGCUCGUCUGCGUCGCAAAGGCCGCCGGCGCCGUCGACGAGGUUGGAGCGGCAUAGUUCUCUGCGGAGACAGGAGUAUGAGCGUGAUGGGGACGAGUAUGAGAGGGCGAGGGAGCCGCAGCCGCAGCCGCAGCCACAGCCACGGCCACGGCCGGCGCGUUCUCGUGCGAAUACAGGGCCGAGAGAGCCCCCGAUCGAGGAGCAAAGACCUGUCGUGCAGCCGUCGACGGAAGAGCAGCAGAAACUUGUGAAACCGCCGGAGCAGGGACUGUUGAAGGACCUGCCGUAUAAUUUGCAGGGACUGUCGUCUUCGAAUCUUGAGUUCUCGUCAUCGUCUACCUUGAAGCUACCCCCAACACUACCGAUUCCCAUGGUAUCACUGCUCAAUUCUCUGGCGGAGCCAUGUUUGUUGUAUAGAGGUCUGUCGAGCUUUGUGGAUAGCUCGGAUGGGGGCUUGGUGAGCCAGAGUCUGCGUGCUGCUCUUUCUCAGGAACUUCGGUCAUAUCUGGGCUUGGUAGCAACUUUGGAAGGCGAGAUCCGUCGGGUACUAUCCAUUCCUAGCGAUACCGACGACAACGAGUCUAGAAGUGUGCUCAAGGGAGGAGUGACUUUGAAACGAUGCGUGGUUUGGACGAGGGAUGCCACAAUGGCUCUGCGGUUGAUGAGUUUGAUUGUCGAGGAAGCUCAGAGCAAAAAGGGUGGUCAAUUGAUAUCUCUAAUCCAUGGUUUCUCGACGUCACAUGGAGACCCAUUCGUCUGUGCCUUUGCGGAGAAGCUACUGGCACACAUCACGCGUCCAUUCUACGAGAUGCUUCGACACUGGAUCUACGAUGGCGAGUUAUCAGAUCCAUUCCAGGAGUUCUUCGUCGUGGAGCCAGAGUUCCGACCAAGCACGGAUCCAAGGCGCAUCGCAACAAGCGUCUGGGAAGAUAAGUACAAACUAGACGACAAUAUGGUUCCAUCUAUCAUCACGCAGGAAUUUGCCAAAAAGGUCUUCCUAAUCGGCAAAUCCCUAAACUUCAUCCGCUACGGCUGCGGCGACUCAGGCUGGGUCGAGGCCUACUCAAAAGAAAAAUCCAAAGAACUGCGUUACGGCGACACAGCCAGCCUUGAGACCUCCAUCGACGAAGCCUACAAAACAACCAUGGCCCGCCUAAUCUGCCUCAUGGACGAGAAAUUCAAACUUUUCGACCACCUCCACGCCCUUAAGAAAUACCUCCUCCUAGGCCAAGGCGACUUCAUCGCCCUCCUCAUGGAAUCCCUAGCCUCCAACCUCGACCGCCCCGCGAACUCCCAGUAUCGCCACAACCUAACCGCGCAACUCGAACACGCCAUUCGCGCCUCAAACGCCCAAUAUGACUCCCCCGACGUCCUCCGCCGCCUCGACGCCCGCAUGCUCGAGCUCAGCCACGGCGAAAUCGGCUGGGACUGCUUCACCCUCGAAUACAAAAUCGACGCCCCCGUCGACGUCGUCAUCACCCCCUGGGGUUCAACCCAAUACCUCAAAGUCUUCAACUUCCUCUGGCGCGUGAAGCGCGUCGAGUUCGCACUCGGGAGCAUUUGGCGCCGCUGCAUGACCGGCGCACGCGGGGUCCUCGGCGCCGUAGAUGAUAAAGUCGGGGCCGACUGGAAACGCGCGCACUGCGCAAUGGCAGAAAUGAUCCACUUCGUCAACCAGCUCCAAUACUACAUCCUCUUCGAAGUCAUCGAGGCAAGCUGGGACCAGCUGCAGAUCGCGAUAUCCAAACCAGGCUGCACACUCGACGACCUCAUCGAAGCACACACCAAUUACCUCAACUCAAUCACACACAAGGGCCUCCUAGGCUCAACAUCAUCACUCAAAAAGGACCCCUCAACAGGGAAAGAAGAAGGCUUCCUUACGCAACUCCACUCAAUCCUCAAAAUCAUGCUCGCCUACAAAGACGUCGUCGACGGCCUGUACUCCUUCUCAGUAGCGGAAUUCACCCGUCGGCAGGAACUCAAUGCGAAAAUCGAAAACCGCACUGCUCAGGGCCGCUGGGGCGUUUCCGAACAUGACUCGAUCUUUUCUUCCCGUCGCUCCACAGCUGACAAUAACAACCUCGACACCGGGUCGGACGACCAUAUGCUUCCGUCUCUGCGCACGAGACUCACAGAGUUAAGCGCGGAGUUCCGCUCAAGGCUGAAUAUUCUCCUUGGUGAUCUUGCGUAUCAGCCAGAUGUUGAUAUGCGGUUUUUGGGUGUUGUUAUGAACUUUAAUGAUGUUUAUGAACCGGUUAGGAGGAGACGUGUUCCGGCGUCGAGUUCGAGGGAGAAAGAAAAGGAGAAGGAGAGGUUGAGGCGCAAGGCGGCGGCUGCUAAUGCUGCUGCUGCUGGUAAUGGAAAUGGUGGUAGGAGUGCUGGGGCUAGUACGGCUGGCGGGGAGGCAUAG